UCGGCGCUUGUUUUACAUAUGUUUUUUUCCUGGCCGGGCUGAAUUUAAAGUGGAGCGGCCGCAUUGUUCGAGAGGCUCCUCACCCCUACGCAUUGACAGGAGCUGCUGUUUACACGGGCUUUUCAUUCCUGCGCUGUUUGCUUAUGGAAAAUAAGGGGGAGUGACAGCAAAAGGGAGAAAGGGAGCAGGGAAGGAGGGAGGCCCGGAGCGCAGCGCAGCCCGGGAGCCUCGGUGGGGCCUGAUCAUUAACCCGCCAGGGCUGGGCCUGUCCCCGGCCUGUCACGGGCAUGUGAGCGCUGCCGGCCCCUCACGGCCCCGCGGGCAUUUCCUCGCCAGCACUCACACUCACACACACACACACUCACACACACACACACACACACACACACCUCCGCCGUGACUGCAGACAUGAGGCUCCAGCUGCUGCUUUGGAUCGUGGCGGUGCUCCUGGCGAGCCUCCUCCCAGCCAGCGGACAGCGGCCAGCCAGCCUGGCGCUGCGCAGGAAGCUGCACCGGCACGGCUGCUCGCACCGGCGCUGCAUGCCGCUCCACUCCAGGGUGCCCUUCCCCUGAGCGCCGCCAGCAACUUCAUAUUGGACUUUCCAGUGUUUUAAAGGAGCAACAGUUAAACCAGUAAGAGAAGUUUGCCAAAAGUGCAGAUCAACAACAGCUGACCUGACAGCCACCACAGUGCCAUCUUCAGCAGUCCUGUCUGUCACAUUCCACUGGACCUGGACUAAAGGCCCCUGCUCACACCCUAAAAAGUGAUGGAGGGGGGAAAGUGUGGUGAUGGGGGACGUGCAUGAACUUACCUGGUGGAAUCAUUCCCUGCAAAUGAUUUGGCUUUCACAAUCACUAGUGAAAGUUAAAGAUCAAAUCAAAUAUCAGGUAGAUUUCGAUCUGAGCUAGAUUUCCAGAGGCAAUAAGAAGGAAGGAAGGAUCUGUCCAAGGCCACUCUUGGUGAUACAUAUUAUUCAGACUGAGUGAAAUUGAAAGUGCUGUUGACUACUCAGUUCGGGCUGUGUUUAGGAUGAAAUAGUCUCAGACUCCAGUAUGGAAUUCUGAAAGUCCAUUUUUUGUUUAUACUUUUAUAUAUUAAUAAUAUAUACAUUUGUGUUUUAACAUCUAACAUUACAUUUUUAUGGAAUUACAUUUAUAAUAACAUAGAAUGCAUUACUGUAAUAGCACCAAAGCCAGCACCACACCAGUGGUCCCACUGGCUUCAUGUAUAGAAAGCAUAGUAAGAGUUUACAAUAUAAGAAAGCAAAGAGAGUGUUAUCCCUUUCUAUAGAUAGAGAAUUGAAGCACACAGAGAUAAGAGAUUAGCCAAGGGUCAUGCAAAACUGAUAACUCAGAUCUCUCAAGCCAGGCCUUAAGGUCAAGCCCAUCCUCCUGUCUAAUGAGCUGUUACUACAAAGCCUAUCAUUUGUUUUCUUAAAGUGGGCUGCCAAACCAGACAGUUUAAACAUGCUUGAAAAUUCAGUACUACAGAGCUAUUUGCUUAAUAGUAGUUUUCCUAAAAUACCAGCUACAGUAUUAUAAAUAGAGCAUAAAAAUAGACCAUUGAAAAGAAUCCUUUGUUUGGCCAGCCCUAGUGUUGCAUAGCACUCUAUUCCUGUAAUUUAAAUGAACAUAGCACUACAAUAAAUGAAGACUUCAAACAGAAAACAGGCUGUUCUUUUCAGCACUGGAGGUCAAGAAUACAUUGAGCUUUUAGUCUGAGUUUUGGUCUUAAAAAUACAUGCUUCACAUACGCCUUCUGUAUCAGCAGAAAAGGAUAACAUGGUAGUCCUUUCAUUAGCAUAACUGAAAAUACCCAGAUUUUUAAGUCAUUGCACUAGACUUGAAAUGCCAACAUUUUUUACAAAAUAUAUAAAGAUCAUCAAAGAUCAGAAGUGCUGUGGUUUAAAUCUGGUAUUACUAUUUUUUUCUUACAACACAUAGUUUCUAAUAAUUGAAAGAACAGCAAUCAAAAAAACUGGAUAGCUGAACCUUUCUAAUCGAUGUGCAUAUGUAACCCCUUAUCUCUAAGAACUUGAAACUCUACUUGAAUUAAUACUGGCAGAGUUUAACAGGAGUUACAAAUUUCUCUCCAUGAAAAAAAAAAAAAUGUAACUUCAGACCCAGUUCUGGAGUUGAGUAAAAGCAUCAUACAAAGGUGGUCAAACUUAUCUAAAACAACAAGCAGUCCUGCAGGUAAACCUUUGAAGUCUUGAAAAAAAAAACAAAACAGUUUCCAAAAUAAGUAUUCUACCACUUAUAUAUAAUUUUUUAAUUAUUUAUUUACAUUGGCUUUGAUAUGUAUCCUUGGCUAACUCUGUUUAGAACUACUGGUAAAGAGUGUGGGAAAGCAAGUAAGGUGCAGAGCAGCUAUUUCACAGUUAUGUCUUAUGAAUGAGUAUAUGGAUCUAUUGUGGCACUGGAUCUUUUCUAAAACCACAAUUAUUCAAUUAAGUUUGAUAAAAUGGUAAAAAGUAAAUCACGUAUCUAUCAAAAAGCAAUAAAUGCAUGAUCCUUCACAGAAGUAAAAACAAAAACCAGCACCCAA